CGACAUCAAAAGAUCUAACAAUCGAAUUCACAAUGUCUACUGCUGCCGGUGAACAGAAAGCCUCGCGCUACUACGCUGCGGAGGAGGAGGCGCUCAUGAAGAAGGCCCGCAAGACAGCCCACCCCACCAAGUACCGCGAGUCUCUCAAGCCUGGGACAAUUCUGAUCCUCCUCUCUGGUCGCUUCUCCGGCAAGCGCGUCGUCCUGCUGCGCCAGCUCGACCAGGGUGUCCUCUUGGUCACCGGUCCCUUCAAGUCCAACGGCGUUCCCCUGCGCCGCGUCAACCACCGAUACGUAAUCGCAACCGGCGCAUCCGUCGAUGUCUCGAACCUCGACUCCGAAGUCCUCGACCGCGUGAGCAAGGACGAGUACUGGGCGCGCGAGAAGAAGGAGGGCAAGGGCGAGGAUGCGUUCUUCGAGCAGGGUGAGACCACACCCCAGAAGAAGGAUGUUGAUCCUCAGCGCAUUGCGGACCAGAAGACUGUCGACAAGGCGCUGAUGGCGACCAUCAAGCAACAGCCGGAUCUCGAGCAGUACUUGGGCGCCAGUUUCAGCCUGAGGAGCGGUCAGCACCCUCACGAAAUGGUCUUCUAGACGUGUGUAGAGGGAGAAUGAGGAGGAUGACGCAGCGACAUGAUCGAUGAUGGUAUUCGAGAUGUGGGCACGGGAGCCGCGACACAACCGAAAAGAGCGGACGGACGCCCUACUUGACGAAGCGAUGCAGCGGCAUCAGAUACGAUCCAUUACCUAGAUGAUACCCACGACCAAAAAAAUAAGAUACAAUCGAGGAAUUGCAAUACAAGCUUUUUGCAUGUUCUUGUGCUGGAAAAUAACUACAGGUCUACAACGGUUCAAGC